UUGGGAGGAUUGUCUUUGAACUUUUUAGCGACUUUUGCCCCAAGGCAUGUGAAAAUUUUAAAAAGCUCUGUCAAGGUACCCAUCUCUUUCCAUUAUAAUGUUGAACUAGGCAUGUGCGGGAUUGGUUUAAAGACAGGAAAACCUUUGCAUUAUCAAGGUUCAGUGUUCCAUCGCGUAAUAAAGGGCUUCAUGAUCCAGGGGGGGGAUUUUAGUAACUCAGACGGGACGGGAGGCGAAUCGAUCUAUGGAGGAACUUUUUUAGAUGAAAAUUUGUCUACUACCCAUGAUCGUCCUUUCCUGCUAUCAAUGGCGAAUCGUGGUCCAAACACUAACGGAUCCCAGUUUUUUAUGUAA